AAAAAAGAGCAACACCACUCACUAGUUACAAAAAUAUCUUCCUAUAUUUAUAGACUAAUUAAUAAGCUCGAUCAAAGAUUCUACACUUCAAGAAUCAUAAUUAAUUAAUCUUCUUUCUUUCUUUUAUUUUGGAAAUUUUCUUUUUCUUUCAGACUGAAAAAGGAACUUUGAAAACAAAACUAGAUGGACCAUAUUUCCCUCUGCCCCCUCAUAGUUCUGCUGCUUUGUGCGGUGAUAUUAGCACUCAGAAAAAUAUUCAAAACAGUGAUCCAAGAUCACGAGAAAUCAGCGGCUGAUAUUCCUCCGGGAAGCCAUGGUUUUCCGGUGAUUGGAGAAACACUUCAGUUCAUGCUUUCCGUAAACAGCGGCAAAGGCUUCUAUGAGUUCGUUCGUAGUCGCCGUAUCAGGUACGGAAGUUGCUUUAGGACAAGUUUGUUCGGAGAGGCCCACGUGUUCCUGUCGACGACUGAGUCAGCUCGGGCUGUUUUAAAUAACGAGUCAGGGAUGUUUACGAAACGGUACAUAAAGUCCAUAGCUGCGCUUGUGGGUGACCGGAGCCUUCUUUGUGCUUCUCAACAUCAUCACAAGAUUCUUCGUAGCCAUUUUAUCAACUUGUUCUCCAAAAAAUCGACGGCUCUGAUGGUUAGAAACUUUGAUGAACUCGUCGUUGACGCGCUUAGUGGAUGGGAGCACCGUGGUACAGUGGUCUUGCUCACAGAUUUGCUCCAGAUAACAUUCAAAGCAAUGUGUAAGAUGUUAAUAAGUCUAGAAAACGAAGAAGAAUUGGAUUCACUGCAAAGAGAUGUGGGCUUUGUUUGUGAAGCCAUGCUUGCUUUUCCUCUCAAUUUACCUUGGACUAGAUUUCACAAGGGCAUCAUGGCAAGAGGAAGAGUUAUGGAGGUGUUAGAGAAGACAAUUAGAGAAAGGAGAAAUGAAACAAGUAGUCAUAACAAUAAUAAUCAUCAUGAAGAUUUUCUGCAGCAGCUUCUUGCAGUAGAUAGCGACGGCUCUGCUUCGUCUUCUGAUCAUUCUACUAAGUUGACUGAUGCUGAGAUUAAGGACAAUAUUUUGACCAUGAUCAUUGCAGGGCAGGACACGACGGCUAGUGCUUUAACGUGGAUGGUUAAGUACCUCGGUGAAAAUCAGAAGGUUUUGAAUUUUCUGAUUGAAGAACAAACUCGGAUUGCUAAGCAGGCAUCAGAUAAACCAUUUCUCGAACUAGAUGAUCUCACUGAAAUGACAUAUGCCUCAAAGAUGGUGAAAGAAUCUCUAAGAAUGGCGUCUGUUGUGCCUUGGUUCCCAAGAGUAGUACUUCAAGACUGUGAAAUGGAAGGAUACAAGAUUAAUAAAGGAUGUAAUAUAAAUAUUGACGCUAGAUCCAUUCAUCUUGAUCCUAACGUAUAUAGUGAACCUCACAAGUUCAACCCUUCAAGGAGGAAGCAAAAGCAAAUAGUUUCUUACCAUUUGGUAUGGGAGGAAGAACAUGUCUUGGACUUAAUAUGGCCAAAGCCAUGAUGGUAGUUUUUCUCCACCGUUUUAUAACCACUUACAGGUUCGUACAAUUAUCUUAUAUUAAUGCAUAAAUUGUAAUUUUUUCGGUUAUAAUAAAAAUAAUGCUUGUGACCCAAAAAUAAUAACGAUUAAGAUGGGAGGUGGUAGAUGGAGAUCCAAGCAUCGAGAAGUGGACAUUAUUUGCAAGAUUGAAGAGUGGAUAUCCGAUUCGUGUGUCACGUAGAUUGUAAAUAUAUAAGUUUCAAAUUAGAUCUUAUAUGUGUAUAAACAGACUCAACGAGUGUUCCUAAAGACUAUGUUUCAUAUCCAAAUGUAAUAGUUACAACUUUGCAUUAAUGUCAUAUUGUCAUUAUACAGUAGAGAAGGACAGACGAUGUUUCCACUU